UGAGAAUCACGCAGCCAGAUCUCUGCAAAGCUGCUUACUGUUGCCAGGGAGAAGCCCCUCUGGCUGAAUGGCAGCCGUGGAUGACUUGCAGUUCGAAGUUUCAGGAUUUGGUGAUCCGGCUGCUUCUCUGGUGGCAAACCCAGAUGCCACCACAAUAAACAUCGGUGAUCCUGGUGAAACGCCCAGGCAUCAGCCAGGACCCUCCAGGGCCCCCAGGAGAGAAGAGGACGAGGAGUUACUGGGCAACGGAAAUGACGACUCUGACAAAACUGAGUUGCUGGCGGGGCAGAAGAAAAGCUCCCCUUUCUGGACAUUCGAAUUCUACCAGACGUUCUUCGAUGUUGACACGUACCAGGUCUUUGACAGAAUAAAAGGGUCCCUCUUGCCGAUACCUGGAAAGAAUUUUGUGAGGUUAUACAUCCGCAGCAACCCGGACCUCUAUGGCCCCUUCUGGAUCUGUGCCACCUUGGUCUUUGCCAUAUCGAUCAGCGGGAAUCUUUCCAACUUCUUAAUCCACCUGGGAGAGAAGACAUACCAUUAUGUGCCCGAGUUCCGAAAAGUGUCCAUCGCGGCCACGGUCAUCUAUGCCUACGCCUGGCUGGUGCCCCUCGCUCUCUGGGGCUUCCUCGUGUGGAGAAACAGCAAAGUCAUGAGCAUCGUGUCCUACUCGUUCCUGGAGAUCGUGUGUGUCUACGGGUACUCCCUCUUCAUCUACAUCCCCACAGCGAUCCUGUGGAUUAUCCCCCAGAGGGUUGUGCGGUGGAUCCUGGUCACAGUGGCCCUGGGCGUCUCAGGCUCCGUGCUGGUGAUGACGUUCUGGCCGGCAGUUCGCGAGGAUAACCGGCGCGUGGCGCUGGCCACAAUCCUGGCCAUCGUGCUGCUCCACCUGCUGCUCUCCGUGGGCUGCCUGGCAUACUUUUUUGAUGCCCCGGAGAUGGACCACAUCCCAGCGACUGUAGCUGCUCCGAACCGGACCACGGUGGCGGCCAAGUCCAGCUGAGAAGAGGAGGCUGCGCCCCCGUGCACGUGUGUUCGGGGUUUGGAGUUGGUUCUUUUGGACCUAACAAGCAGGAAGACUGGAGCUGGCGGGAAAGGCCCAGGACCAGCAACCCCUUCCCUGUCCCCCUGUUGCUGGCUGGAGGUGCCC